AUCUCCAGCUCGUCGGAGCGCUGCAUCCAGCCUCGCCGCUGCCGGAUCGUCUUAGCCGCCCUGCCAGCCUUGCCCCAUUGCGGCCAACACCGCCUCGGACUGCCUGGCCCGUCCCGAUCCCGUCGCCACCGCCUCGGCGCCCUUCCCCUGACCCACCUCCCCCCAAUGUCUGACUCUGAUUCUCGGACUGAGAAACGCAAGAAAAAACGACCAAAUGGCCAAGCAACCUUCCGAUGUAAGUUCUGAGUGUGACAGAGAAGGUGGACAGUUGCAGCCUGCAGAGAGGCCGCCCCAGCUCAGGCCUGGGGCCCCCACCUCCCUGCAGUCGGAGCCGCAAGGUAAUCCGGAAGGCGACCGCUGUGCGCACGGCAGCCCUCAGGGCCCGCUGGCCCCAUCGGCCAGCCCUGGCCCUUUCGCUACCAGGUCCCCGCUCUUCAUCUUUGUCCGAAGAUCCUCCCUGCUGUCUCGAUCGUCCAGUGGGUAUUUCUCUUUUGACACAGACAGGAGCCCGGCACCCAUGAGCUGUGACAAAUCAACGCAAACCCCAAGUCCUCCUUGCCAGGCCUUCAACCACUAUCUCAGUGCAAUGGCUUCCAUGAGGCAGUCUCAGGCUGAACCUGCAGACACGCGUCCGGAGACCUGGAUCGCGCAGGAGUUGCGGCGGAUCGGAGACGAGUUUAAUGCAUAUUACCCACGCAGGGUUUUUUUGAAUAAUUACCCAGCAGCGGAGGAGCAGCCCCAAAUGGUUAUCUUGCGACUGUUGCGUUACAUCGUGCGCCUGGUGUGGAGGAUGCAUUGACCGGGCCUCGGCGGAGCCCAGCGGCACCAUGGCUCUGCAGCCAGGGAGCAUGCGCAGGGGACGCCGUGCCGCCCCCCACGCCCUCUGCCCGCUGCCAUGAACUUGACUUCUCGCUCGGCGCUACGUGCCGGAAGAUCUGGUGGGAGCGUGUCCUGAAUGUAAAUGCGGGAGAGUUCUUUUUUUCUUAAUGUACAAAUCAUGGUUCUUUGGAGCAGGAUUUUAUGCAAGAGUGGUGUUUACAUGCAGUGUGUAUUUUUUUUCCCACCUCCUUUAAUAAGAACAGGUUUUUGAAAAAAAGGAAAUGGAAAAUUUUUAACCAACUCAUGAAUAAUUUUUGUACUAAAACUUUAAGAACCUAUUGCCUACUCUCAGAGGAUUAUGUAAACCCUGCCACGGAAACUGAGCCAGCUAAUUUAUAAAGCUGCCUUGGUUUAUUUUUAGAGAUUACUGUACAGAAUUUUUACACAGGGCGAGGUGUGAUGUGUCCCCUCCCUUCCCUGCCGUGGUUGCUUUAACCUUUUUUUUUUUUUUCUCUCUUUUUUUGUAAUUAUUGUUAAUACCAAAAGAGUGUGUAUGAAGCAGAACGGAGUCAAGUGGCAGAGGGGCCACUCCUGUUUUGUAAAUAUUUACUUACCUCCUGAGUGCAGUGGCACCGUGGCUCGCCUUCAGACUGCGCUUGUGGGUUUCCCGCCAUCUCCCAAGAUGCUUUGCUGGUCCAGCUGGGCUCUGUGGCACGCAUGGACCAGUGGUCUUCCCACGACUGGAUAUGAUGGGGCACGGCAGCCCAGGCCACCUGUGCACUAGCCAAGUCACUAAGCAGUUCUGGGGCGCGUUUCCGGGUAACUGAUGGGCGUGGCAAGAGAGAGUGCUGAAGGGCAGAGAGCGGUGGAAACUGCAGCCCAAGAUGCCAGGCCUGUGCACUGCAGGCCUCCCCACAGCUGCCGGGUGCAGGCUCAGCAUCAGCCCAAGACGGUCAGCACACCUGUGUGUCCAGCCAGAGGCCGGGGGAGGGGGAGGCCCCACAUGGCCAUUCUCCAGGCAUCGGCCAUCAGCCCAACGUAGUCUACGUGGCCUGUGAUGCCGACAUUUGACCCCAGCUCCUGUCAGUCUACUUUGACAUACAGGCUGAAUUCCACUUCCAGCAGUGCCGGGAAGAAGCCCGAGGGGGAAUCCAAACUGCCCCCUUUCUCCAUUUCUCUUUGGACGGUGCCCCUUGGCGGCGGUACCUGGGGAGCCCUCUCUCCAGUCCGUCAUUCCAAAGCCAGUCCAGUGACCAGGGACACCAAGAGAGAGACAGCCCAGGGAACAGUGGAAGCUUGGAGGUGACUCAUGUCAUUUUAGAAAAUGUCAGAAAAUAAUUUUUUUAAAAGACUCCACCAAUCUUCAAAGGAGUCGGCCGCGCCAACAACUAUUGCAUUUGCUUUUACAUCAACAUUAAAUUAAGUGGGAAAAUCCGUGCAUUUGUGUCUUCACAGUUUUAUGAAAAUACCUGUACGUAUGUAUAGCCUCUGUAUUUUUUCCUUUAGGUAGAGAUGAUUUGAUUUCAGAUGCUCUUCCUUUGUUAAAAUUUUCUCUUUUCCCCCCAAAUCUCCCUGGAGUUUGGAAAGUGUAGAAGCUGUGUUGGCGCUCCACUCGAUUCUCGACGUGUCUGGAGGGCACUCGGGGGGGUCCCACACAGCUCACGGUUUGCAGGAUCGCAGCCACAGGCCUGCUGGACAUCAUACACCAAAGAUGUAUUUGGUCCUGGGCCGCCCCCUCCCAGGAUCCCCUUGCCCACGUGCCAGUCCCCGUGACUGUAGCACUUUACUCUCUUCCUUCAGCCCUGUGACCCCCCAGAGCACUGGGGACAGGCGUGGGGGCUCUGCUCGCCGUGGCCCCCGCCCAGGCCCCAGGCUCUGAGGAGUAAGAGGUUCUCUGAAUUGUAGAAGUGUUAAGGAGCAGGCAGUGGGCAGCAGAGCUUGGAGAGGUCCCCCGCCGUCACUGCAGGCGUCUCUGGGUCACGCUGCCUCCCUGCCCUGGGUAUGCCUCUUACGUUUUAGCUUCUGUUGUUGUCGUCGUCGUUUAAUUUUUGUAGGAAAAAAAAAAAGAAAAAGAGCUGGAUCCCUUUUUUGAAUACGUAAUGCGGGUUUUGUGCCUUGACAACCUCUCCCUGUGUGAGGUUUGUAGAAAGUGUCCUGUGACUUCGCACCGAGAUGCAAUAAACACACACACACACACACACAGAGUAGCUUCACGAGGGAUUCCACAGAUGACCUUCUAGAAACAAUUCGGUAAAGAUGUUUUAGUUAAGGGUGGGGGGGAUGGAUUAUGGCGAAAACAUUUUAAAAAUUCCUUGUGAUGUGGGGAGAAAAAAAUGCAAUGGAAUACAAUUUUCUUCUGUGUUCCCUUCUUAAUGUUGUAUAUAUUUUGACUAUUUAUUAGAUUAGGAGGUCAGAUUUUACUUACCAACUGAGCCAGAUGUCUGUGUGCAAUUGUGUUCCUUUACCUUUCUUGUAAAAUUUUGUACAGCAUAAAUAAGUAAAAAAAAAAAUCACUGUUUUUUCUAAGCUUUUUAGAAUCAAGGACUGUAAAUAUUGUAGAUUCUUUUUCUGUGUCAUGUGUCCUACUGUUUCAUGAUGCUGUAACGUGUAGAAAUAUUGUAUAUUUAUUUUCUGCUUAUUUAAUGUCAUAAGUUCUUGAACGUGCCGACAUCCCUGCCCCCGCCCCCAUGGAUUGCUUCCCCCUCCAGGUGUGGGGUGGCCACCGGCCUCCAGCGUGGGUCCUGGGUUUCAGUUCUUGGACUCUGUUGCCCUUAGCUUGUGUGUAGAUACCAAUGAGAAAAUGUCAAUCCAGCUGGCUACACAAUUCUGCUUCAAGAAACAGCAACUUUCUGUUUGUUCCAGAGCACCUAACUCCUGCCGACUCCAGACCGCAUCGUUUUAACAACAGCAAUGUGUUACCAGCAUUGGGGAAAAAAACAUUUUUUUUUUUCCAUUGAAAAUUCAUCCCUGACAGCUCCGAGCAGAGGAGAUACAAAUGUGCCCCUCCUGGACAUGCGGCCACGUGGUCCUCCAGGGUGAGGGCCAGGCUGGUGAGGAGCACCUGUGGCUCCCUGUGCUUUGCCAUGCGGACUGUCUGUGUGCAGGAGCUGAUCCUGCAGCCACCCACUCUCCCCCAACCGUGGGGUCAUCCCUGCUUCUUCAGGUCAGAGCCCUCCCUCUGAGAACUUGGGGGUCCCACUGAGCUGGGAUGGGGGGCUCAAGAUGUGGAAGCUCACGGAAGCACUAGGGUGACUAGGUGACUACCUGCUGGUUUAGUCUGGUGCCUCUGUGUGUGCAGCACACACGUGUGCGGGGAUGUGUCCACAUGUGUUGCUAAGUCGGCGAGGCUCUGCUGCAAACAGCGUUGUGUGCCGGAAGCAUUCUCAAGCCCCCAGCUCCAGUAACUUGACUACUUUUAUUUGGGAAUUCCAGAUUUGAGAGGCUGUCUUGGCUUUUAGGUUUUCUGUCCAGAUUCUGUGACCACUGGUUACUGUAUCCGAACUCAUCAGGUACCCAUUUAUAAAUAGCACUGAUCUGUCUGUGUACUGAUCCAUCACUAACUUGUUUCCUAGGACCCAGCGUAUGUAGCAUUUGUAUUGCAAUUUCCCUGGCUUCCUUGUGUUUUGCACUGAUGAAUUUUGACAGGGUAAUUGCCACUUUACUUGUGCAAUACUGCUGUAAAUAACUGCACAUUUUUUAAGAAACUCAAUCUUUUAUGUUCUUAAUGAAUUUUAUAUAAAUAAAACUUUCAACUCGU